GCGGCUCCCGCGCCGCCCAUCCCGCCGCCCGUCGCCGGUCUGCGGCCUCUGGAGUGGUCGGGCGGUAGCCGGCGAGGCCGAGAGCGAGCGAGCGGGCGGGCGGGCAGACGCCGGAGCCGGCGCGCCCUUUCCCCGGAGCAGCGAGACAGUCACAGCCCCGCCGCGCGGGCCCCUCUCGGCCCCCGUAGCCGGCCCAGCGCUCGCGAGGCAGACGCUGAGGAGGCGCGGACACUCCUCCGGUGCCGGGCCGCCGUGGCUGCCAUGAUGGAUCGGAAGUGAGCCUCAGGGCGACGGCUGCCGGCGCCGGCGCUUCGAGGCCCGUUUCCCCGGCCGCCCCCGUGGGGGGCGCAGCGCGACGCGGCCGACUGCAGGCCCCCCUCUGCCCUCCCCGACUCCUUUCGGCCUUCGCGGCCCCGCUCCGGGCUCUCCUCCGAGGUUAAGAGGCGGCGAGUGGCUCCCGGGCGCCGGCCGCGAGGAAGAUGGCGGACCCGGCGGAAUGCAACAUCAAAGUGAUGUGUCGCUUCAGGCCGCUCAACGACUCCGAGGUGAACCGCGGCGACAAGUACGUCGCCAAGUUCCAGGGCGAAGACACGGUUAUGAUCGCGUCCAAACCAUAUGCAUUUGAUCGGGUGUUCCAGUCAAACACAUCUCAAGAACAAGUAUAUAAUGACUGUGCAAAGAAGAUUGUUAAAGAUGUACUUGAGGGAUACAACGGAACAAUAUUUGCUUAUGGGCAAACAUCCUCAGGGAAGACACACACAAUGGAGGGUAAACUUCAUGAUCCAGAGGGCAUGGGAAUUAUUCCAAGAAUAGUGCAAGAUAUUUUUAACUAUAUAUACUCCAUGGAUGAAAAUUUGGAAUUUCACAUUAAGGUUUCAUAUUUUGAAAUUUAUUUGGAUAAAAUAAGGGACCUAUUAGAUGUUUCAAAGACCAACCUUUCAGUUCAUGAAGAUAAAAAUCGAGUUCCAUACGUAAAGGGCUGUACAGAGCGUUUUGUAUGUAGUCCAGAUGAAGUUAUGGAUACUAUUGAUGAAGGGAAGUCCAACAGACACGUAGCAGUUACAAAUAUGAAUGAGCACAGUUCUAGGAGUCACAGUAUAUUUCUCAUCAAUGUUAAACAAGAGAACACACAAACGGAACAAAAGCUGAGUGGAAAACUUUACCUCGUUGAUUUAGCUGGUAGUGAAAAGGUUAGUAAAACCGGAGCAGAGGGUGCAGUGCUGGAUGAAGCCAAGAAUAUCAACAAGUCGCUCUCUGCACUUGGGAAUGUUAUUUCUGCUUUGGCUGAGGGUAGUACAUAUGUCCCAUAUAGAGAUAGCAAAAUGACAAGAAUCCUUCAAGACUCACUAGGUGGGAACUGUAGAACUACUAUUGUAAUUUGCUGCUCUCCAUCAUCGUACAAUGAAUCUGAAACAAAAUCUACACUGCUUUUUGGCCAAAGAGCCAAAACAAUCAAGAACACAGUUUGUGUCAAUGUAGAGUUAACUGCAGAACAAUGGAAAAAGAAGUAUGAAAGAGAAAAAGAGAAGAAUAAGACCCUUCGGAAUACCAUACAGUGGCUUGAAAAUGAGCUCAACCGAUGGCGUAAUGGAGAGACAGUGCCUAUUGAUGAACAGUUUGACAAAGAGAAAGCGAACUUGGAAGCUUUUGCAUCAGAUAAGGAGAUUUCUAUUAUUAGUGAUAAACCAGCAGCCCCAAUUGGAGUCACUGGAAACUUUACUGAUGCUGAAAGAAGAAAGUGUGAAGAAGAAAUUGCUAAAUUGUACAAACAACUUGAUGACAAAGAUGAAGAAAUUAAUCAACAGAGUCAGUUGGUAGAGAAACUGAAAACACAAAUGUUGGAUCAGGAAGAGCUUCUGGCGUCCACCAGAAGGGAUCAAGAUAAUAUGCAAGCUGAGCUGAAUCGCCUUCAGGCAGAAAAUGAUGCCUCUAAAGAAGAAGUAAAAGAAGUUUUACAAGCUUUAGAGGAGCUUGCUGUCAAUUAUGAUCAGAAAUCUCAGGAAGUGGAAGACAAAACCAAGGAAUAUGAAUUGCUUAGUGAUGAAUUAAAUCAGAAAUCGGCAACUUUAGCAAGUAUAGAUGCUGAACUUCAGAAACUUAAGGAAAUGACCAACCACCAAAAGAAACGAGCAACUGAGAUGAUGGCAUCUUUACUGAAAGACCUUGCAGAAAUUGGAAUUGCUGUAGGAAAUAAUGAUGUAAAGCAGCCUGAAGGAACUGGCAUGAUAGAUGAAGAGUUCACUGUUGCAAGACUCUACAUUAGCAAAAUGAAAUCAGAAGUUAAAACAAUGGUAAAACGCUGUAAGCAGUUAGAAGGCACACAGACCGAGAGCAACAAAAAAAUGGAGGAAAAUGAAAAGGAGUUAGCAGCUUGCCAGCUUCGCAUCUCCCAACAUGAAGCAAAAAUCAAAUCACUGACCGAAUACCUUCAGAACGUGGAACAAAAGAAAAGACAGCUGGAGGAAUCUGUUGAUUCUCUUAGUGAGGAGCUAGUCCAGCUUCGAGCACAAGAGAAGGUUCAUGAAAUGGAAAAGGAGCACUUAAAUAAAGUUCAGACUGCGAAUGAAGUUAAGCAAGCUGUUGAACAGCAGAUCCAAAGCCACAGAGAAACUCAUCAGAAACAAAUUAGUAGUUUGAGAGAUGAAGUUGAGGCAAAAGAAAAGGUUAUUACUGAUCUUCAAGACCAAAACCAGAAAAUGAUGUUAGAACAGGAACGUCUGAGAGUAGAACAUGAGAAGUUGAAAGCUACAGAUCAGGAAAAGAGUAGAAAACUACAUGAACUUACAGUUAUGCAAGACAGACGAGAACAAGCAAGACAAGACUUGAAAGGUUUAGAAGAGACAGUGGCAAAAGAACUUCAGACUUUACACAACUUGAGGAAACUCUUUGUUCAGGACCUGGCCACCAGAGUUAAAAAGAGUGCUGAGGUAGAUUCAGAUGACACUGGAGGCAGCGCUGCCCAAAAGCAGAAAAUCUCCUUUCUUGAAAAUAAUCUUGAACAACUCACUAAAGUGCACAAACAGUUGGUACGUGAUAAUGCCGAUCUCCGCUGCGAACUUCCUAAGUUAGAAAAGCGACUGAGAGCCACAGCAGAAAGAGUGAAAGCUUUGGAAUCAGCACUGAAAGAAGCCAAAGAAAAUGCAUCUCGUGAUCGCAAACGCUAUCAGCAAGAAGUAGAUCGCAUAAAGGAAGCAGUGAGGUCAAAGAAUAUGGCCAGAAGAGGACAUUCUGCUCAGAUUGCUAAACCUAUUCGUCCUGGGCAACAUCCCGCUGCUUCUCCUACUCAUCCAAGUGCAAUUCGUGGAGGAGGUGCAUUUGUUCAGAACAGCCAGCCAGUGGCAGUGAGAGGUGGAGGAGGCAAACAGGCGUAGGCUUCAUGCAUUACCCACAGGUGUUGGAAGUGAUUGAAGUAUGAAGAGGACAUGAUACCAUUCAGUGACUAUAACCUCUGCCCCCUUGGCAACUGUAGAAUUAAUAACUUUUUAAGUGUAUAAAUCAUCCCUGGCCUGUACAGCUGUUUCCUACCCACUCUUCUUGUAAACUCCGCUGCUUCCCAACACUAGAGUGCAAUUUUGUCAUCUUAGGAGGGAAAACGACAGUUUACAACUGUGGCCCUAUUUAUUACACAGUUUGUCUUUCAUGUCUUAAAUUUAGUCUUCACUGUGCCAAGCUUACUGUAUCAUAUAGGAUUGUCCUUUUUGUACUUGUUUUUGUGUGUGUUUAUUUUAAUCUUCAGUUUCAAUUACCUAGCUGCUACUGCUUAUUUUCCUUUUCUUAUUAAAAUGUCUUCCUUAUUUUAGGAAAAAUGAAGCAUUUAGAUUAUAUAUUUCAAAUUUACAACUUAGAACACUACAUGCUGACAAAAUAGAUCAGUACUAUAAAAUUCCUUGAAAUGGUUUCAGAGUUAAAUUAUUUGUGUUGUCUCUGGUUUGCUUCUGAAAACUACUGUUUGACACUGAAACCUUAAAACUGCCUAGGCAUUUGAGACUUGAGCAAGGCCGCUUAAUUGUUAUCUCACAAAAUGCCUGUUGCCGAAUUAUUCUGUAUAGAAAUACUCACAAUAUUAAAAUCAGAUCUCAGUUUGAGAGUUUGGGAAGGAAACUAUAUUUCUCCUUCCAAACUCUAGAAUCAAUUUGUUUGAUGAGUGAAAAUAUCCUGCUUUAUUUUGGUGAGUGUGGUAAUUAACCUAAGAAUUGGAUAGGUAUAGGGGCCAGAGAGAUAGGACAGUGGGUGGGCCCUUGCCUUGCAUGUGGCCAUAUGGUUCCCCGAGCCCCACCAGAAGCGAUUCCUGAGUGCAAAGCCAGGAGUAAAUCCUGGGCACCACCGGAUGUGCCCCAAACACAUGAGUACACACACAAAUUGGAUAGAUAGGAAUUUGUCAUUUUAAUAUGAUCAAAUGAAUGAUAGGAUUAUACAUGAUGCUGUAAUGUUAAUGAUACAUUGGUUGAUUAAAUUUAAGGCCUACAGAAAUUGAGGGGAAAUGUGGAAGAGCAGGACAAAUGAUAAAUUUAUAAAGAUAUAGGGACAUUUUGGUCUGAAAUCCCUGAGAUGUUUACACUGUCAUAGACUAUAAUUUUAUUGCUUUUUAAUUCUAGAAAUAGUAAAUUGUUCGAAAGUCACCAAUCUUCAACUUACUUUGGCUAUAGCCCAUAAUUUUAUAAUUAGUACUAAGCGAACCUGGUUUUGCUGCUUAUUCCUCAGAUGAUUAAGUCGUUUCUUUUAAGAAACUAUAAAAGUAAUAGGGGAGGAAAUUUUAAUACUGCUUCAUCCGUGGAGGGGUUUGACUAUAAUUAUGGUAGCAGAGAAUGGGGUUUUAAGGUUAUUCAGUCAGUGAAGAAACUUGGAAAGUUCUGUUAGGAUAUGGCAGAAUUAACUUUUUGAAAAAGUUUUAUACACAGAUAUUUGUAUUAAAUUUGGAGCCAUAGUCAGAAGAUUCGUAUCAUGAUUGGCUUAUUUUUCUAUUUCCUUAACUAUCGUAAUUUCCACUUUUAUAAUAAUUUUGAUUUAAAAGAUAAAUUUAUUUAUUUAUUUUUUUAACAGUCAAAAAUUAUUGCUGUUAUAGUCUGCAACCUUUCUUGUGUUGCUUUUUAGGACUAAUCAAAACACUCCAAAAAUUGAGAUGAAACUUUGACAAGAUUGGAGUUGUAGUUAACUUUAAAAAGUGCUACAGCCAUUUGCAAGGAUAGUUUUUUAAAUGGAAAAAUGUCUGGCUGCUUUCACAUAAACAUACUUGUUUUGAAAUGAAAACAUUUUUUGGUCAUUUCUUAAAAUAAGCAGGGUAUUUUUUUUUUCUUUCUAUUUUGUCUGAGUAUGGUAGUUUCAUUCUUGUAAGAUUCAUCACAGGUAUUGGUGCUGCAUAACAAACAAUGAAUUGUAACUAGCAUGUGGUUGGUUCAGCAUACACAAUGUUAGAUUUUUUUUUAAUAUCUUAACCGUUCUUUUCUGUUUAUAAUUUCAGACUCACAAAAUGUACAAAGGAGUUCAUAAAUUUGUUUUCAGUGAGCUGUCUUUUUGCUUUGGUAGGCCACUAAACACAGCAUUUACCCUUAUAAAUGAACUUCUCUGAUCAUCUGUAGCAUUGUCACUUCAGUUUGCAGCAUCUUUUCUUUUGACUGAAUAUGUUAAUGUUCCUCUGAAUGGUAUUGAUAUGUUGUUCAGAAGGAAAACUCAGUGAAAUAAAAGAGUCAUAUUUAUUCAUGGUGAUCAGUUAAAUUAUUUGCCUAACUUAAGAAACCUGUUGUGCUUAACUCUUGGUUUGACAUGAGGUGAUAGAACAGAGUUUGGGUCUACCUGUGGAAUGUGUAGGUUUAAUUUCAUUGCUUAAAGAUGUAGUCAGAGAUAUUGGUUUGGGAAGACGCCAUAUAAUUUUGUUUUAAGUUAACCUGCAUGCUGUAAAUGUGUUUUACGUUUAAAUAAAGAGGAAAAUUUUUUGACA